UUCUUAAAUCCGAGAAAAGCCUCCGAGGCAAGUUUCCCAAAGAAUAAUGGGCACCCAGGGCAAAGUUAUCAAAUGCAAAGCAGCCAUAGCCUGGGAAGCAGACAAGCCCCUCCGCAUAGAAGAGGUAGAGGUAGCUCCCCCGAAGGCACAUGAAGUUCGAAUUCAGAUAAUCGCCACUGCACUGUGCCAUACUGAUGCCCAUAUUAUCCAUCCUAAAUUUAUGGAGGCCAAUUUCCCAGUGAUCCUUGGCCAUGAGGGGGCAGGAAUCGUGGAAAGUGUUGGGCCAGGAGUGACCAACUGCAAACCAGGUGACAAAGUAAUUCCACUCUACGUGCCUCAAUGUCAAAAGUGCAAGUUCUGUCUGAGUCCACUCACAAAUUUCUGUGCAAAACUCAGUCAAUUCAAAAAUCCUCUUGUUCAGCAAGAAGUAAUGGCAGACAAAACCAGCAGGUUUACCUGCAAAGGAAAACCCGUUUACCAUUUCAUGGGGACCAGUACCUUCUCUCAGUACACUGUCGUAUCAGAUAUUAAUAUUGCCAAAAUAGAUGAUGAUGCAAAUUUAGAGAGAGUCUGUCUGCUUGGAUGUGGGUUUUCUACUGGCUAUGGAGCUGCAAUCAACACGGCCAAGGUGACCCCAGGUUCUACUUGUGCCAUCUUUGGCCUGGGAGGCGUCGGCCUUUCUGCUUUAAUUGGUUGCAAAGUUGCAGGAGCUUCCAGAAUCAUAGCUAUUGAUAUCAACAGUGAGAAGUUUGCAAAGGCCAAAGCCCUUGGAGCUACUGACUGCCUCAAUCCCAGAGACCUCCAGAAACCCAUCCAGGAGGCCAUCAUUGAAAUGACCAAUGGGGGUGUGGAUUUUGCAUUUGACUGUGCUGGUGGAUCUGAAACCAUGAAAGCAGCCCUGGACUGCACAACAGUAGGCUGGGGAUCCUGUACUCUCAUUGGAGUAGCCAUUGGUGACAAAGGACUGACUAUUUCUCCAAUAGAGAUAAUAAUGGGCCGAAAUAUCAACGGAACAUCAUUCGGUGGUUGGAAAGGUAGAGAUUCUGUACCAAAGCUGGUUACUGAUUACAAGAAUAAGAAAUUCAACCUGGAUGCAUUGGUGACCCAUACCCUGCCUUUUGAGAAAAUCAAUGAGGCAUUUGACCUCAUGCAUCAAGGAAAAAGCAUUCGAACAAUCCUGAUCUUCUGAAGAAACCAGGAACAACUUGGAAGACUGUCUGACUGACUCUGAACCUGUCUGGUUGAUUUAUAAUCUGAUAUGAUGAACCAA